ACGCAUAGGUGCCGGUUAUCCCCUAUGGCCGUCCUGCGCACACCGCGCGACGGCCGAAACCGAUUCAGUACGCCAUAACUCGUCCGGCUGUUCAAGUGGUUCGCUCUCGUGCGCGCUAACGAAAACGCACACACGUCGAAUCUGCUCACCCGCGCACACGAAACGUCGUUCGGUCGUCGGUUUUUAAAAUUUUUUUGUCCGUUCGUUUCGGAGCUUCACUAUCGAAGAAAAAGUGUAUAAAAACAUCAAAAGACGUCGCAUCGCCAACGACUCGUCGGGCGAAAAUUCGCAAGUGCGCAAGUUUGCUCUCGAUUGCGAUUGGAUAGACGUAGAUAGUAAAUUUUUUUUUCAACCGAAUUUCGUAGUGUCUUCGCUGUUUGUUCGUUUCGGAAGAUAAUAAUAUCGAUAUCGUCAGUACUUCUACCUCAUAAGUUCAUCAGAAGCCGGGAGCAUAUACCCAAUACCGUUCCCGCGGUUUUCCUUCAAUCGUCGGGUCGUCUUCGAUUUCGAUUCGCGAGGUUUUUCUUUUUGGUUUUUUCUCAACGUUUUCGCGUAAGACAUGUCGUUGACAUGACCGCGUUCCCACCAGGUUGCCGCCAAGUACAAUGUCUUCUUCGUCUGGUGUCGCCGAUCCCGAACCGGACACUAUGAUACAGGACAACGUCGCCGCGGCGUACGCGCCGUCCGGUUACUCGAUAACCGAAGAUUUUAAGUUACAAACCCAUGGUUUGGACUCUCCGCACCACCAGGGGUUGUACGGGGGUUUAGGUCACUCACCCACUUCCGGUUCGCCUUGCUCUGUGUACGCAUACCAACCGUACCAUCGAAACUACGGCGCCGGCCAGUUCCAUCAGUCAACGGCCGCCGAAAUCCAACAGCAGCAGCAGCAGAUACCAGUGACCCAAAUGGUGGUACCACCUUCGCUAUCGGCGCAAAAGUCUUCGGACGACGCGGCAGCGGCUUGUUGGCUGCAGCAUAAUGGCGGUGGAUCGGCUUUCGAACACCACCUGCACCACCAACAACAGCUGUCAUCAGCUUACCAGUCGCACCACCAGCAGCGGCAACAAGAUAACAACGGCAUGACUGGAGGCAGUCAACAGCAGCAGCAGCAGCAACAACAGACGGCCAAGAUGACACAGCAACAGCAACAGAAGGCUGUCAAGGAGCAACGAAUCCGGAGACCCAUGAACGCGUUCAUGGUAUGGGCGAAGGUGGAGCGAAAAAAAUUGGCUGACGAAAAUCCCGACUUGCACAACGCUGACCUCAGCAAGAUGCUCGGAAAAAAAUGGCGAAGUCUGACGCCACAAGACCGUCGGCCGUACGUGGAGGAAGCUGAACGGCUGCGGGUGAUCCACAUGCAAGAACACCCCAACUACAAGUACAGGCCCAGGCGCAGGAAGCACAACAAGCAGCGGGCGGGCUCGCCGACUUCCGUGGUCGGUGUGUCGGCCGCGGUGGCCCAGGGUGGAUCCGGCCACUCGCCCACGUCCCGGCGCCCAAACUCGGCGGGCCAAGUCAAGCUGGUCCAGUACCCGUCCAGCUCGCCGUACCAGAGCUCGUCGUCGUACUCGUCGCCGGCCAUCCACCAGCAGCAGCCGUACGCGUACCAGCCGUACAGCCCGUCCAAGACCACGUCGCCGUACUACCCGAACAGCGAGAGCCCGUACUCGCCUGUCCGCGUGUCCGAGGUCAUCACUCCCGAGUCUUCGCCCACGUGCAGUCCCGAUCCGGAAAAACCCACCGGCCAGGCCUCGGCCAGCGACGAGACUGGCAGUGUUGGCGGACAGGUCCCAGACGGUGGACUGCUGCAUCAGCGGUCGGCCAGCAAGACGCCCACGCUUCCCACGCCCGAGCUGUCGCCCAUGGAACCGGCCACAGGCGCAGGCAAGGACCCUCACCACCACUCGCACCACCAUCAACACCACGGCCACCAACACUUGCACCAUCCGUAUCACCGGGCCGAUGUCGUCAAGUACGAACUCGACGACUUUGGCGGCUAUUACGGCGGUGGACAAAAACAGCUAAACAACAACCACCACCGACAAUUCAACAACAAUAACAUUCAGACGUCGUCUUAUCAACCGGCUCCCGGUUCGAUUGCGGCCAUGGGCGUGGCCAAGGGCAUGGUGAUGAUGUGCACCAAUCAGCGGUUGGCUUACGAGCACAACAACAUCGUGACCGGUACGUUUUACCCUCCGAUUGCCACAUCCCAAGACCAGCAGGUUCUGGGACCCAACUCACAACACCAACAACAGCAACAACAGCAACAGCAACAGCAGCAGCAGCAGCCGCAUUACGCUAACAGGCCGUUUUAUUCAACCAGCGGAAUUCACGCCGCCGGUACCGCCGUUUACACGAGCGGCCUCUCGUCGGCCGCGACCAUCGCAGCCGGCAGACCUCCAUCUGAUGGAUACCACGCCGCCGGAAGCAUACUGCAGCAGCAACAGCAGCAGCAAGAAGACCACCACCAAAACUUGCAGGGCUUGCAACAGCACAGGCAACCGUCGACGGGCAACGAAUACCACGGAGGCGGUGGCGGCACGGGCAGAGGGGUUGGCGGUGAAAUCAUCGAGAUGAGCUUCGACCAUCACCAAUCGCCGUCGGAAAUGCUGUUGGCCAACCUUCAGCGGCCCAGAUCUCAGCAGUCCGACAUCGCGGUGGACGCUUCGUCGUCCACCGGAGCCGGCUCCGAACUUGACCGGUACUUGAAGUACAUGGCCCAACAGCCAGACAACAAUCACAACUAUCAGCAACAGCAGCAGCAGCAGCAGCAGCAACAGCAACACAUGUUUGCCGGCAUACAACAAUCGCACCACCAACAACAACACCACCACCACCAUCUGCAGCAACAGCAGCAGCAGCAGCAGCAACAGCAACAGCAGCAGCAGCAGCAGCAGCAGCAGCAGCAACAGUACAGCUCUUACUACGCGCCGGCAGUGGUGCAACACGUCGUUCACCAGGACGCCCACCAUCACCACCAACAGCACCACGGUCCGUCGUAUCUGCUCAACAACUGCGGUAUAAAAAGCGAGUUCGGCGGUUACGCCACGCUGGACGGCCUACCGCCCCAACACUACCCCGACGUGCAGAACGUCCCGGCCACGGCCAAUAUGCAGAGCGUGGCCGCAGCAGCGGCCGCCGCUGCGGGACAAGUGUUGGCCGCUGGAGGUGGUGGCAAACCGGACGAGGAGUUCAGCGUCAUACUCGCGGACGUCCGGAAGACUUGCUACAGCAGUUGAAGUCGUCUGAUGAUCUGAUUGGCGGGCGUAACGGAAAACGAAAACGAGAAAACGUUUCGGUCCGCUCUUCGAAAACGCGCUCGAAAUCAAACUUUACACGAUGUAUGCGUUCUUCUCGUUGCGAUUUUUUUACUUUGAUUUUCUAUGAUUACUAUUAUUAUUUUAUUUAUUACACGCCUGCAUCGCGCGAGAGGAUGUGCACAACAAUAUGUGUGAUAACACGUCUACUAAUGUAUAAUGAUUUUUGUACAUGAACAUAAUAUUCGAAAACCACAUGGGUUCUGUGAUUAUUCGCUUUAUCUUGGGCGACUCUGUUUUUUGUAUGAUUAUUAAUAUUAUUAUUAUUAUUAUU